AUGACCAGUUAUUCGAUGGUAAAUAAUCGCAGGCGCAAAUCACUGCUUGAUUGUUUUUCUUGUUUCCGAAGUGGAGUACCAGAAUAUUAUGACAUCCCUCACUAUAAGAUACAAAAACAACAAUUCAAUUCUUCACCCAUUGCUGUAGCCUCACCACUGCAUUCCUAUCCAUCGUGUCAGCAGCACAAUCAGUAUGCACGUCAAACAAGAACAAACCGGAGGCACGACGCAAUAAAAAUUGUCUGCAUUUCUGACACGCAUAAUGGUCAUGACAUAAGAGAGUUUCAUGAGAGAAUUCGACGAUUGCAGGGUGACAUCUUAAUUCAUGCUGGCGAUUUCAGCAACGAAGGAAAACCGGAAGAAGUUAUGAGUGCGUUUCAUUGGUUAUGUUCAUUGGAUAAUUUUACAUACAAGGUUUUCAUUGCUGGUAAUAUGGAUGGCAUUGGCUUGGAUAAGCCCAGUUUCUUAGAUGGGAAAAACAAACAUGAAUUACUAAAUUCGAAAGCAAAAAACGUGUUUUACUUGGAAAAUGAAUCGAAGGAUAUACUUGGUAUCAAUAUUUAUGGAUGCCCUUACACGCCAAAGUUUUACGGUGGCUUCCAAUAUCAACUGCGAUCACAGCAAGCACAAGCAUUGUGGAAUAAUAUUCCAUAUAAUUGUGACAUUCUAGUGUCACAUGGACCACCUGCUCACAUUUUGGAUCAGAGUUCAAGAGGUACGAAAUUGAAAAAGACAUAUAAUAGGUUUCUUAUGAUAAAACAAAACCUAUGGUUAUUAACGAAAGAUAUAAUUAAUGAAUAUUAG